UUGAAGAAGCGGGAAAGUGAUCUGUGUUAUUGUAGGUUAAAAAAAAACUCAAUCCCAUUUACCAUGCCCAAUAUCGAGAAGUUAAAUAAGAAAUUAUACAAUACCUUAAAGCUAAGUGGAUUUUUAGUUAGGAGGGAGUUUUGUACGUAUGUAAUUGAAAAAUUACUUCAGGAAAAUAUUCAAUUAGAUGAGAACGCAACCUUCGAUAAAUACGUUAAAACUUUGUGUAGUAACUUGGAAAAACAAUGUUUAAUCAACAAAAGCAUAGAAAAGCACCACAUUGAGUGUGUUGUUGAAAUCGCCCUUAAUUCCGGUUACGAUAAACAAGAAACGAUUUUUAGCACCAUCGGAGCCUUCGAAUUUCCAAAACUUCGAUAUGAUUCGGAUAGAAGAAUUUACUUGCCAGCUAUAUCAAAAUCCCGCUUGUUGUCGGGUCCGAAUUCUAAAACUCAACUUUUUCUGGACAGAUACAAUACUGUUCUGCAAAGGACCCAACGAAAUUUUAAAAAUAAAAUCACUAAAAAGGAAUCUGACAGGCUAUUUCUGCAAACUGUUGACUAUUUAUUCACUAAAGGUAGUGUGACAUUGAAUAAAACGUUAAUUCUGGGUGCAUUAUUUCAAAUGUCUGAGGGGAAGUUUGCGCUCGAGGAUCCUUCUGGUUUAGUUGAAUUAGAUUUUAGUGAUGCGAAGUAUCAUGGUGGUUUCUUUGUUGAAAACAGUUUUGUAUUAGUUAAUGGUUAUUAUGAAGAUAAACUUAUAAAAGUUUCUACUGUUAUAUCACCUCCUGGUGAGGAAUAUAAAGACUCAAUUUUAUCAUUUGGCAGUAUUAAUUACUAUGGAGGACCGUCUAUAACACCAUUAAGAAAUUCCCAAAAUUUAGCUGAACAACUGAGGCUUAAUCCUAAUAAUUCGAUUAUGUUGUUCUCUGAUGUGUGGUUGGAUCACCCCAUGAUCUUUGAGAAGUUAGAAAUUCUCUUCAAUGGAUUCCACCACUCUCCACCAAUCGCUUUCAUUUUUAUGGGCAACUUUAUGCAAGACUAUCAGGGAUUAGAAAAAAUUGACAACUACAAGAAGCUUUUUAAGAAAUUUGGCGAAUUACUUUCUAAUUACACUGAAUUGGUUCACAAAAGCAAAUUUGUAUUUGUACCGUCAAUGACAGAUCCAUGCCACCUUCACAUUCUCCCAAGAUUUCCCCUGCCUUCGCACGUGACUGAAGAGUUUCAAAAGUCCGUACCAAGUGCAAUUUUUACCACCAAUCCAUGUCGCCUGCAGUACUACACAAAAGAAAUAGUGUUAUUUAGAGCAGAUAUCUUGCCUAAACUCAUGCAAGGUGCUUUGGAGAAACCCCAAAUAGAGGAAAUACCCGAGUUUAUAACGAGAACAAUUAUCGGUCAAGGUCACCUUUGUCCGUUCUCGUUGAAUGCAGUCACUGUGAAUUGGGAUUUCGACUACACUUUACGUUUAUUUCCGUUGCCAAAUUUAAUUGUGCUUGGUGACAAAUCAGAAGCCUACCAAGGGAAAUAUAAGGAAUGUCAAUUAGUUAAUCCUGGAUCUUUUUGUGGCGAUGAAGAAUUCCAAUUUAUGUCUUAUGUACCAUUUGAUGAGACCAUUCAAGAAUGUAGUUUAUAGAGUGGAGUGUAUUGUGUGAUUGAUAUUUUUAAUUUCUUAUUUAUUAUUUUAUUAUUAUAUAACUUUGCUUUUACUAGAGGAUUAUUGUUUCCU